AAAGCUUAAGAGCAGUUUAGUUUCAGUUUAACCAGCUGCUGCACCUCAGUCUGUAAUGGCUGCUUUAACAUCAGCUCCACUUGUGGUUUUGUUCGCAUGUUCAUGGAUCUUUGUUCUGUGUCAAGGGACACAGGAGCUGAAGGUGAAGGCUGGAGAGAACGCCACUCUUCAGUGUCAGAGUCACAGAGGUGCUGACAUAGACCUGAUAAAGUGGAUCAGACCUGACCUGAAGUCAGAUGAUUAUGUCUUCUUCUUCAAAGAAGGCCGCUCAUAUGAAAACAACCAGCAUGAAUCUUUUCGUGGUCGAGUGGAGCUGAGAGAUCCAGAGAUGAAGGACGGAGACGCUUCUGUGAUUCUGAAGAACGUCAACAUCAACGACACUGGAACAUAUGAGUGUCGGGUUAGAGAGGAAAACGAGACAGGCAAAGUUAAACUGAUCAGCACCGUCAUGCUGAAAGUGACAGAUUCAGGUCACACAGCUGGACACAAGGAGGGAGGAGACAAGGAGGGAGGAAACAAGGAGGGAAAUGUUGGACUGAGUGUCGGUCUGCCAGUUUGUGUGAUUCUUCUUCUUCUUCUUGGUGUUGUUGGUUUUGUGAUCUUUAAAAAAUAUAACAGACCCACAGGGAAUCAACAACCUGCUAUAAACAGACAUGAACUGCAGAACCUGCAGAGAGAUUAAGAGACCAGAGGCAGCAGAUGAGAAUUAGUGAGGAUCCAGACUGAACUCACUCUGGUUACUGUGGGGAGCAGUGAUUGGUCGUUACUCUCUGGCUGCUGAUUGGUGGACUGAACGUGCUGCUGGACAGAAGAAACACAUUCCUCCUGUAAAAUAAACCUGAGCUGUUGACACACGUCUGAUUUCACCUGGAGGCAGGUUAAUGCCAGAUGGGCUGACUGACCAGCAGCUCUGUGGGACAAACAAUAUGACCUGAUGCUGGAACAGCCAGCUGAUUGUUAAUUACAGGAAGUGGUACAGACCGUCGGCACCUCCCCCCACCCCUUCAAGUGGAUCCAUCCAUCCAGGUAGAGUCAGAGGUCAAAUCAAAUUAAACGGGUAAAAGACCAAAAAAGUGAAAAGUUCAGAGAGAAAAAGCUCCAAAUAUUUUAAAUCAACAGUUACUGAUGUCAGUGCUGCUCAACAUCCUGCUAGCUGCAGUUAUAACACUAACAGUCUGUUCUGGAUGACGGAGCUGGACUUUGUUCCCAGUCCGACCCUGAAGAGCUCAGUCCCUGUUGUUUACUCACCGACCUGCAUCAGAGGGGAAAAGAUCCUGUUUGGAUUCACUGCAGCUCUGUUUUCCUGCAUGAGGACAUUUUUCAUCGUCUUCUCUGAGAGCUGCUCAGGAACUCUGACUGUGAAAUGUUCUUAGACAACGAUACAGAUAAUCUGGACUGAAGUGGACUCAUGCUGCUGUGUGGAUUGUGGUGAAAGGCCCGAGAUAAAGUCAUCUGUCAUCUGUUUCCUGUGAAGGUGAGCUGUGUGUGUGUGUUUUCUGGACACUUUGUUGUAACAUCUUCGUGUUAUAUUUUCAUUAACUUUGAGUAUUUGGCAGAGUAAAACAGCACAAAGGUCUGGUAAUCCACAUGUUUUUUAUCACAUUGACUUCAGCUGUUGAUGUUUUCUGAUCUGUUAGAAAGAGACUCUGACAGACAGCAGAGUUCACACAGCCACAUAUUCCUUCUUUAACGGUCAGCUGCAGGCUCAGACUCCCAAAACUCAGCUCACUUUUUAAUUUAAGAAUAAUGAAAUAAUGAGUCGAUUUACAGAAAAACUAAUGUCCAACUAUUUUGAUAAUCGAUUUUCAUGUAAAAACAUCUGCUGGCUGUCACAUGUGAAGAUUUGCUGCUUUUCUUUUAAAUGUAUGUAAUAAUUAUAAAUGUUUGUUAAUAAUUAUUUAGGUUUGGACACAACAGGCAUAUCAGCAAGCAUUAUGUUCUGUAUUAUGUGUUUUAAAACCAGGAAGCUGACAGUCCAGUCUGACUCUUUAUUUACAUUCUAACAGACUUUAAAUCAGGUAACCAAAAGUCAAUAAACCUGAUAAAAACUGGAUCAUCAACUUUCUUUAACUGUAACUUUGUAGCUGAGAACUGAAAGUGAACUCUGAAGGCUCUAAAUGUCUGGACCUGUUUGUAAUCAGAUAAUAACAUGGAGGGACUUUUAGAGGGCAGAGUUUGCUAUUUAGCAGCUCUGAGCUCAUUUUAUCACUUAUUUUAUGAAAAUUAUAAAUAGAAUGAAGAAAAGAAAAAAACAUUUAAAAAACAUACAACAUGUCAGAGGUCACACGCCUCUGGAGCAACUAGAGGUUAAGUGUCCUGCUCAGGGACACAUUGGUGGAUGUGUCACAGUAUAGCCCCAUCCUGUUCCUGUUAAUGUGCAGUCAUAGUCUGGAGCUUUUCUUCUUUGUCUUUAGAGACAUUUUCUUCAGACUUUUAUACAAAUACUGCACCUCAUGAAAUGAGCCAUUAAACUACAUUUUCAAAACUAGAAAGACCUCUCUAUGUCUCCUCCACGUAAAAAGGGAGUUGCAAUAAUAUAAAUGGGAAUGAGGCCCCAUGUUCAAUACCACUUCCCCUUUAUCCUGAACUAGUUCCCCAUUUGCAAUAAAGAAACACACUCAGAUAACUGCUUCUACGCAAUACCUGCAUUACAUUUAAAUAAACUUGUUCUUACUGCCACACAAAGAGGUCUUGUUGGAAGUAAUCUUAUGAUCUUAUGCUACAAUAUUUAUAGUGUGGGGAGAGGUGGUGUUGCACUUUAUGUAAAGUGCUGCUUAAAUGUUUCUGUAUCCUUAUGAAUGUCUAGUUUAAAUAUAUAUAUAUAUAUAUAUAUAUAUAUAUAUUCUGAUUGAUGCAUCACGUGUUUGUGCAACUCUGAAUGGCUGAUUAUGGUUGACCUGAUGGUUUUUUACCUGUAGCAGACACAUUUUAAGACAUUUGUACUGAGCUUAAUCUGACUCAGCUCCUAACCAAACCGACCCGCCCACACCUUAAAAACCUGUAAAAAUCUACUCUGCUAGACGUUGUUUUAACAAAUACUCCCUGUAAAUGCGCAGCCAGUGGGGUCUUUGCUGAUGUCAUCAGUGACGACUGGCCUAUUGCAGGAAUACCACACUUGGGCCUCUCUCUCUGUGAGGCGUGAGCAACAUGCUCUCUUCUUUAUCUAUAAAGCUCUUCUUUCAGAACUACCUCCACAAAUAUCUACUUUCAUUUCUCCAGACUUAAAGAGACUCCAGUGGUCUCCACAGAGCUGAGCAGGACUGCUUUUACUUCCUUCGCUCCAUAUUUAUGGUAUAAACUGCAGACCAAACUCGAGCAAAACUUUAUUUAAAGAAUAAAUAUGAUGUGGUUUGUUAUUGUUCCACUAGAAUUGUACAUUUUGGUUCAUAUAUUCACUUGUUUGUACAUGUUAACAUGUUUACACAGGGCGCAGCCUAAAAAGAGAUCCAGCUCUCAGUCUGAUUCCCUCUUCAAAUACAGUGUGUAGCCUACAUUUAUUCUGCAGAGACUAAACACACUUUGACACGUCACUAAUGGAAAGUGAAAGUAUUUCUGCAGCUUCGGGUCACACAGGCUGUUUUCCAACACAGUGUGCAGUUACAGGAACUGAGUAACAUUAGUAGAACAACCUGAAACAGAAAAGGUUUUUCCCUGAUGUUGUAGAUGUUUGAAGUUAAUGCCCAAAUUAACAUUAGCUUGUUAAAUCUACCUUCCUCUUUCCUCGUCUCUCUCUGCCUCUCCUCAGAUGCUUUCUGCCGACGUGUCUUUACUGUGUUACUUUGUUGUUUUUAGCUUCUCAAUACUUAUUUACUCCUCAUUUCUGAUCUCCUUCAAAUUAAAAGAUUUAAAGAUUUAUAUUAAAAGUUUCUUCCCUCUUGUUUGCGUGCAGACAGACAGAGGAUUUUUCUUCAUGUUUCUACCUUUUCCCUCCUGUGAACAAAGAGAAGCUCCUGUGCUGCAUGUUUAUAUGGAGCUUUCACCCAGAGUGCUUUACAAAGUGCGUCUCAUCACCUGAUUGGCUAAAUCUUCAUAUCAUCAGUCAGUGAUUGGCUCAGCUGCUGCACUCACAUGUUAGUUAGUGUGUUGCACAUUUUAAACAAAUAUUUGCUUGUUUUAAAUGUUGGAGCUGCUGUAGAGCAUGUGUUAAGAGUUAUUUUAGUUAUUUUAUUUUAGGACUUUUCUUUUAAAGCCAUGACAACAUAUUGUUAAAUAAAUCAUGUACAUGCAGAGGUCUGAGGACCAGUUAGUGAGCAGGAAACCAGCAGCUGGACAUCAGUGGUUUGACUGGUUUGAAGGUGUGAAGCUCGACCUCAGUGAGGAGCAGACGACCUCUGGCUCUGCUGGAAACUCUGAACACAAACAAACAAUGUUCUGCUUGGAAAUGAAAUGAAUGAUGUUUUUGCUUAAUUUAGCUCAUGUGUGUUCUUUUCACACACACUCUGACAAACACACACCAAGACAAGCCCCACACACUCUUUAGCUACACUGAUACAAGAUGAAAUAAACCAUUUGGACGGUAUCUGUGAUUCUUUAUCUGGAAUCAGGCACAGAGUUUCUUCCUCAACAGGAAAUGUCAGUAGUUCUGCAGGUAUUUGAUCAUAAAAUGACCUGAUGAUGGCGCUAGAGGAAAAGUUAUUACAGUUUAUCCUGACUGAACUAAGUGGUGACUUUGCAUCCGCAGAGCCGCACUGUUAAAAAACUUACUCCAUUGAUCAAUCAGUCACUGAAUCAAUCGAUGUCCCGAUCACAACGUGCUUCAUUUAAAAUCAUUUAAAAGCCAAAAACUUUUCUUCAGGUUAUCAGUUGAUUAAUAAAAUGAUUACUGAUCUCUGCUGGAAGAAACUUGCCUGUUGCCACAACAACGUCUCCACUCAGAGAAGAUGGCGAGGGAUUGGACCAACCGUAUGAUGAUGUCAUUGCUGAUGUCACCACCGAGGAUCAUUUCAAAGCUAAACUUUCUUCUUCUGUUGUUUGUUCAGCUGGAGGUUUUCAAAGGUUUCUCAAUAAAGUAAAAAGAAAAUCA